AAAAAAAAUCAGAAUGCAAGACAGACCGAUAUAAAGUUCAUAAAGUGCAGUAUAUUUAAAGCUGAUAAAUUUCUCCAGAUAUUGGGUUUGGCUGAUAACAAGUUACCUCUCUUAGCAUCCAUUCUACAGAUUGACUUCAUUAAUUUUCCGAGUUUCAAUUUGUGGCCUUCCAGAGUUAAAUUUGAUACUCGUAUUAUGAAAAUAGCACGGUGGAUUGAGAAAAAGAGCGUUGAAACUGCUGUAGAUGAUAUCGUAAAACUUGUGGAUUCUGAGCAGAAGGAUUUUGUGAAAACAAAAUUGCAGAGAAGUAUGAGGAAUUACAAAUGUUGCCAAAGUAAAUAUCUCGCCAAUCUAGGACUUUUCAAUAAUCCAGAUCUACCAGAAAAUGAAGAAGACAGGGAAAAUAACAAUUUGGUCAAAAAAAUUCCCAAGGCUUUUCUUGAAAAUUACAGAAAAUGCCGUUACUCAUCUAACUUGAUAGAUAUCUUUAUACACAACAAAUAUUUCAGUUUCAAAGCUCAAGUUGAAAAUAUUGGCUCACCACACUCGCACAUUUUAAGUGAGAGAAUUGUAAGCGCCAUUCAGAAAAUUCUCAUUAACUCGGACAGACAGCUAGAGUGUUUUAUGCGAGAAGGAGAUCGCCUUAUCCCAAAAACUAUUCCUCGUUUCAGUGUGGAUGUUCCAUCUUUUGCAGACAUUGAAGGGAUGAAUAAUGCAGACAGGAGAUUGACUAUUUUGAAAAUACUUGGAUUGGAUUUUUUGACAGAAAAAAUACUAAAAGUAUUUCCGAAAUCAUGGCAAUUGUUUAUGGUUAUUCUUCUUUAUGUACAAAAGUUUUCGCCACUUCGCUGGUCUCUUUGUUACUCUCUAGUACUAUGUAAGGCGAUUUUGCAUAAAUUCCAAGGAGAGGUUCGCUUGAUCCGUUUUUGUGAGAAAACGUCUACACAGGAGCUACCCUGAUAAUGAAACAACUCAAACUGUAAUUGAAAUGAGAAAUUUUGUUAAAUAUUUCCAAAUAUCCAGCAAUCCUAAAUUGUUUGAUAUAGAUUGUGUACAUGCAAUGUCAAAAUUCCAAAGUUGUCUAUUGCAUAUAAUUAUUUUGAAUGAUUUGUUGAACAUGCCUUUCACAAAUUUGUUGGUAUCUGAUUGUUUCAAUGGUACAUUCAUAUACAACUUUUCUAAAGUACUAGAAGAAAAAUCCGAUAUGGAUGAAUUUAUUCAAAUGUCUUUGCUGAAAGAGUCACCAACAUUGAUAUCCACUUUUCAGUCAUUGGUUAAAGAUUU